AUGCGGACUCGCAGUGGAGUUUUACCCUCAGUGGCUUUCUUCACCCUGUUUCUUCUGUCAGUGCAGACUUUCCCCAACAGAAAGCAGAAGAUCACUGAAGCCAGAUCCAGGAGCAACGCAGCACUCACGGCUGGUGGUCAGACUCGUUCUGUGGACGUCAGACGGACCCUGGAUGAUCUCCAGCAGCAAAACCAGCUGAGCGGAAACAGGUCACCUCCACGCCGCCACAAGCGGAGAUGGCAGCAGCUCCACUCGGAGGGAGUUCUGCCCAAACCUGCUCCCGAAGAAGAGGAGCCAUUCAUCUUGGAUCUGAAGAACUUUCCAGAUCUCGCCAAUGCAGACCUGGGCUCGCAGAAUCCAAACAUUCAGGUGACCAUUGAGGUUGUAGACGAUCCCCUGAUGGAGGUAGAAAUGGACCUGGCUAAAGAGGGCAGAAACGACUGGCCCCUGAACUCGGAGGAAUGGCUGGAUCAUAAAAAGAUUUUCUGGCCUCUGUUCUGGGAGUACCACGAUUCGAGCGAGGAGAGUCCAGGCCAGGCCAGUCUGGAGGAGAACGGCGAUGACCUCAACUACGGUGGAGAGGACUCGCUGCUGAGCGGAGUGGGGGUGGACUGGGGUAAUCUAGGGAAGGACUGGGACUCAAUGGAGAAUUAUGAGUACGAAGAGGAGGAAUGGAGCGACUGGUCUCCAUGCAGUGCCACCUGCGCCCAUGGCACUCAGAAGAGGGUUCGAUCAUGUGGUUAUGCCUGCACUGCCACCGAGUCGCGGACCUGUGAACUGCAGCACUGUCCAGAUGACUUAAAUGCAGUGACUGAGCUGAUUCCUCACGAGAUGAUGAACAACACUGAUGCCUUUGAUACAGAUGUGGACAGCUGUGAAAAGUGGCUCAACUGCAAGAACGACUUCCUGCAAAAGUAUCUAAAUCAGGUUCUGACCGAACUGCCCAGCUGCCCCUGCGCCUACCCGUCCGAGGCGGUCUACAGCGCCAUCAACAUCUUCGAUGAGAGGCUACGUAAGACCUACAGGUGGCGAGAUGCCAGCGGCCCAAAAGAGCGCCUCGACAUCUACAAGCCGUCUGCGAGGUUUUGCGUGCGCUCCAUGCUAGCGUUCGACAGCACCACGCUAGCGGCUCAGCACUGCUGCUACGACGAUAACAUGAAGCUAAUCACGCGGGGGAAAGGAGCCGGAGCGCCGAACCUCAUCAGCACAGAGUUUUCACCGGAGCUGCACUACAAAGUGGACGUGCUGCCGUGGAUCCUGUGUAAAGGAGACUGGAGCCGCUUCCAUUCUGUGCGGCCGCCCAAUAACGGGCUGAAGUGCACGGAGAACCCGCAGGAGGACGUCUAUAUAAACGAGCUGGAGGAGGCCAGAGAAUAUUAA